GGUGUGUUCAAGGGGGCUGCUGGAUAAUAAUAAUAAUAAUAAUGGAUCUGCGUCUUCCUCAAGGCGGCGGCGGCCUGCGGUGGUCAACGUUGGGGCUAUUUUCGUCUUUGAGUCCACCAUCGGCAGAGCUGCCAAGAUUGCAAUCCAGGAGGCUGUUAAAGAUGUGAAUUCGUACCCCGGCCUGCUGCGUGGGACCCGCCUCGCCGUCAAGUUCCAAAGCUCCAAUUGCAGUGGCUUCCUUGGCAUGCUCUCUGCUUUGGAAUUCAUGGAGACGGAAAUUGUAGCCAUCAUAGGUCCACAAUCUUCAGUCAUCGCCCACACCAUCUCACACAUUGCAAACCAACUUCAAGUCCCGCUCUUAUCCUUCGCUGCCACGGACCCCACCCUCGCAUCUCUCCAGUUCCCUUACUUCAUCAGGACGACGCAGAGCGACCUCUACCAGAUGAAGGCCGUCGCCGACAUAAUUGACCAUUAUGGUUGGCGGGAGGUCAUUGCUGUUUUCAUCGACGACGACUAUGGGAGAAACGGUGUGGCGGCGUUGGGUGACGCCCUCUCCGCCAAACGCUGCAAGCUCACCUUCAAAGCCGGAAUCCCGCCAGACGCUGCUACAAACCGGGCCGUGUUGAUGGAUAUCAUGGUCCAGAUCGCAUUACUGGAGUCUAGGGUUAUAGUCCUCCAUGCCAACCCGGAUUCAGGAUUUGCGGUUUUCUCAGUCGCCCAUUAUCUUGGAAUGAUGAAUGAAGGUUACGUUUGGAUAGCAACCGAUUGGCUGUCAACGGCAUUAGAUUCCUCAUCUACCCGCCCACUUCCCCCGGAAAAAAUGGACAUGAUGCAAGGAGUGAUCGCUCUGCGUCAACACACUGAAGAUUCGGAGAGGAGGAGGGCAUUUUCAGUGAGGUGGAAGAACAUGACCGAGGGCGUGGGGGGGAUAAAUUCCUACGCCCUUUACGCUUACGACAGCGUUUGGUUGGUUGCGCACGCCCUUGAGUCCUUCUUAAGCCAAGGCAGUGGCGGGGUUAUCUCCUUCUCCAAACUCGAGCUGGAAGGGCGGCGGAGCAGCAGUCAUCUCCACCUGGAAGCAUUGAGUGUGUUCGACGGGGGCCCGCGCUUGGUGGAAAAAAUACUGGGCAGUGAUUUCAUUGGUUUAACAGGGAGGAUAAAGUUCACCAAAGACAAAACGCUCCUUUUCCCUUCCUACGACAUCAUAAACGUGAUUGGGUCGGGUAGCAGAUGUAUCGGUUACUGGUCUAAUUACUCUGGCUUGUCAACCUCCCCUCCCGAGACACUUUACUCAAAGCCACCUAAUAAUUCAAGGGAGAACCAGAAACUCCAGGAUAUGAUUUGGCCUGGGCAGUCGAGCAGGAAGCCACGUGGAUGGGUUUUUCCCAAUAAUGGCAAGCAACUGAAGAUCGGGGUGCCCAUAAGGGUGAGUUAUCGGGAAUUCGUAUCUCAAGUCACCAGAGGGAGCAGUAACAAUAAUAAUAACACCUUCAAAGGCUUCUCAAUAGACGUUUUUAUUGCGGCAGUAAGCUUGUUGCCCUACCCCGUUCCGUAUCAGUUUAUGCCAUUCGGGAAUGGGAUUGAGAACCCGAACUACUCUGAGUUGGUGCGUUUAGUGUCAGCCGGGGAUUUUGAUGGAGCUAUUGGAGACAUUGCCAUCGUGACAAACCGGACAAGAGUUGUGGAUUUCACACAGCCAUACGUUGCAUCAGGACUUCUUGUUGUGGCCCCAUUCAAGAAGCUAAACACGGGAGCUUGGGCUUUUUUAAGACCGUUUUCUGCACAGAUGUGGGCUGUAACUGCCUUUUUUUUCAUUGUCGUUGGGACAGUUGUAUGGAUCUUAGAGCACCGGAUUAAUGACGAGUUUCGUGGCCCCCCACAAAAGCAGCUUAUAACCAUUGUGUGGUUUAGCCUUUCAACCAUGUUCUUUGCCCAUAGAGAAAAUACUGUGAGUACCCUUGGCCGUGCGGUCCUAAUCAUAUGGCUCUUUGUGGUCUUGAUAAUCAACUCCAGUUACACUGCAAGCUUGACCUCCAUUCUCACGGUGCAGCAGCUAUAUUCUCCCAUAAAGGGAAUUGAGAGUUUGAAGGAAGGGGACGAUCCCAUAGGAUACCAAACUGGUUCUUUUGCUGAGCGUUAUUUGGUUGAUGAAAUUGGGAUACACAAGUCCAGGCUUGUCCCGCUGGGAUCACCUGAAGCAUAUGCUGCUGCACUUGAGAAGGGACCCGCCGCAGAAGGGGGUGUUUCUGCGGUGGUGGAUGAACGCCCUUAUGUUGAAAGCUUCUUGUCAAGCCAAUGUAAAUUCAGGAUUCUUGGCCAAGAAUUCACCAAAAGCGGUUGGGGUUUUGCUUUCCCGCGGGACUCGCCCUUGGCCACCGACAUGUCUACAGCAAUUUUAACACUGUCUGAGAAUGGGGAGCUGCAGAGGAUUCAUGACAAGUGGUUGCUCCGAGCUGGCUGCGAUUCGGAUGGAACCGAGAUUGAUUCAGACCGUCUUCAUCUCAAGAGCUUUUGGGGUCUAUUCGUCAUUUGUGGUGCAGCUUGUGUCAUUGCACUACUCAUAUAUUGCUGCCAAAUCAUUCUCAAGUUCCGCCGAAUUGCUCGCGCCGAAUCGGUUGGAGAUGGCUCUGGCAGUUCGCAUUCUAGAAACUUGCGAAGGCUGAUAUCACUUAUUGAUGAGAAAUCUGAUCCCUCAAAAAGGGACAAGAAGAGGAGAAAAAUUGAUGCACAACAACAGAGCCACUCUAUGGAGAACAGUGGACAUUCAAACCGCAUUAACGAUGCAAGUGGAGGCCGGACCCCAACACUUUUAGCCCCCCAGCUACACUUCUAUCAAUCUGAGCAUAAUUAACGUCUAUAUAUAUUCACUCUCCCAAGUGGUUUUGUCCGUCCUCAUCCUCUAGUGUUCAGAGUGUGUUGGGCUACAAGAGCUCUAUUUGUGAACUGAACAAUUCAGAGACUGGAAAUGGAGAGGAUUAUUUUUCCAAGACCAAAAGUAUGCCAAGGUAUAACCAGAGGACUGAAAUUGUCAUUUUCCCUUUUGUAUUGUUGGUUGGUUAUUCACAAAAGUCACAGAUAAAUUCUCUAUUUAUGUUGCAUUUCUAGUCUUGUCCUAAAGAGGACAUCAUUCUGUAUACAACUAUAUGGGCUUAGAAUCUACAGAAAAUGAAUGAUAACUAACAUAGUUUGUGUAUAUGGAAAAAGUUGAUAUUUGGUCUUUGUUUGAUGAUUGUUUCUCUCUGUGU